UCAGUUUGCUGGCAACGCAAAAAAGAAUCGGUAGAGCGGGACGUACUGGUUGUUGUUUUUUUUUUUUGCGCCACACACCAAAGACACCAGCCUAAGAAAAGUUGGACAAUAAUAUUUUGCAAGUGUUAUUAGCAAGUGAAUGUACGUGUGAACAAUGACAACUUCCUCAAUUAAACGACGUCGCUCUCCGCACGAUGCACGCGCAUCGAACGAUGGGGAUGGCCUGGAAAAUGACAACGACAACAACAGCAGCACUCGAAGUAGCAGAAGCAGAAGCAGCAGUGGCAGUGGCAGCGGCAGCAGCAGCAGCGCAUUGCCCAACAAUAGCAUCAGCAUCAGCAGCAACAUGUCCAAGCGCGACUCCGAGGAGGACACCUGGGCCUCAAAGGGUUACAGCUACAUCAAUCCGUUCGUGCAUCGCAUAGAAAUCGACAGUCACAUUGAGGUGGCCAAGAUCUAUGUGUUGACCGUGCUGCUGCUUCCCAUACGCGUGGUGGGCUGCAUCUUGUCGCUGUUAUCGGCCUGGAUGUUCGCCUGCAUUGGCCUCUAUGGCAUCUCUAUGGAGGAGCUGCAGGCAAAGCCGCUCACUGGCUGGCGCAGGCACAUGCAGUACUGGACGGCGCGUGCCAUGCGAAUGGUGUACACAUCCGGCUCGUUUCUCUAUAUCGAAAUGAAGGGCACACCGGCCAGCGCCAAGGAGGCGCCCAUUUUGGUUGUGGCGCCACACUCUUCGUACGUUGAUUCCAUUUUGGUGGUCUCCGGGCACCCACCGUCGAUCGUGGCCAAGCGCGAGACGGCAGAUAUACCGCUGCUGGGCCGCAUCAUAAAUUAUGCCCAGCCCAUUUAUGUGCAGCGCGAGGAUCCCAACUCUAGGCAGAACACCAUACGUCAUAUUGUUGAUCGUGCGCGUUCCAGCGAUGACUGGCCUCAGGUGGUCAUUUUUUCCGAGGGCACAUGCACAAAUCGCACGGCACUUAUAAAAUUUAAGCCCGGCGCCUUCUAUCCGGGCGUGCCCGUACAACCAGUUCUGCUCCGCUAUCCCAACAAGUAUGACACCUUCACCUGGACCUGGGAUGGGCCGGGCGUCCUGCGUCUGCUUUGGCUAACAAUGACACAGUUUUAUAAUCGCUGUGAGAUCGAAUACCUUCCCGUUUACACGCCAUCCCCAGCUGAGGUGGCCGAUGCCAAUCUCUAUGCGAACAAUGUACGAGAAGUAAUGGCCAAGGCAUUGGGUGUGCCCACGUCCGACUACUCAUUUGAGGAUGUCAUCGUUAUGAGUCGUGCUCGUGAAAUGAAAAUUCCAUUUCCUGGCGACAUUGUGGAAAUUGAGCGCACCCUUGAUAUUCUUGACCUCUUGGAUUCGCAGCGCGACAUGGAACUCUGCGAGAUGUAUCUAAAGCUUGCCAACACAGACAAACUGGACAUUAUCACAUUUGCCGAGCUCCUCCAAGUGGAUCUCAAGAAUCCCAAUCUGCACAAGCUUUUCGCGCUACUCGAUCAUCGUCGCAAGGGGACAGUGAGUCUGAAAAGUUUUCUGCUCUGCUCGCUGUUUUGCAAAUUGAAGAACAGCGACAUUAUCACGUUUCUGCGCGCUCUGAUUAAACUGUAUAGUGAAUCGAGCCAACAGAUAGACAGGGAGAGCUUCACGCGUUUGUUGCGGCACGGCGGCGAUAAGCUGAACGAGAAAAAGGCUCAGGCACUUUUCUUUGCGCUGGACACCGCCAAUGUUGGCCACGUCUCCUUCGAUAUGUUUGCGCAGUACACGGAGAAGCACCCUAGCUAUAAGUUUCUCUAUCACAAGUCGGAGCACAUAAGGCGGACAAAGGCCAAUUUAAUCAAGGCCACGCCCACAGCAAACUGAAGAACCCGCAACAAUGCAUUUGGAGGCUGCAAUACAACUUAAAAAGCUGGUUCUAUACACUUAUUCAGAGCUAUGCCAUAGGCAAGCAACCGACAACAGGCAACACGACAGAGAAAGAGAUAGAGACAGAGAGAGAGAGAGAGAGAGAGAGAUAGAGGGAUAGUAAGCAAGAUAGAGAAGAAAUGUGUAGCACAGUCAACCUAAGCAAAAAGUUCAAUUAUAAACUAUAUAUAUUUUUAAUAAUUAAUUUAUUUAUUGUGUACGUGUUUGUUGCCUACUGUAAUUAGAGUUGUAUAGCUUGAGGAGAAGGAAGAAGUGUUAUUCAGGCAGGUCCAAUUGAGAACUUUCCAAUUGAGAAAUUGAAAAUGUGCAAGCAUAUAAUUUAUAAUAAUUAUAUUUAGUUAUAUCGACCUGUCUGCACACAACUUCAAAUAGUUACCUUUAUGUGUACUUUAACUCUUAACGCAAGUCAUUUCAUUAUUGUGAUUCUAAUUAUACAUAUAUAUAUACAUAUAUAUAUAUAUAUAUACAUAUAUUCAAACAAUACACUGUAUACAUGUUAUGUUGCCAAGUGUGCACACUCAUAUUUCACAAAAUAGUUUGGUCUUCUAACCUUUUAUAUAUAUAUAUAUGAGAUUAUACUGGGACACUCAGCUGUCUACAGCUAAUCCAGUGAAUGUAGCUUCUUAAAUAUUACCCAAUGCCAAAAUCUUAACACAAUGUAUAUGUAAAUGACAACCAAAUAUCGGAACUUCACUUCAGUUUUUACCUUUUCAAUGCAGCUCUUGAGUUCCGAUCAUGUAUAUAUUGUUUUGGGCAUAUUCUUGGUUAGUUAGUUUGUCGUAGACAUAUAUAUAUAUAUAAAUAAAUAUAUAUAUAAACAAGUAUAUUUCUUGUGCAUUUGUAAACGUAAACACCAAAUAGACUUUCGGACACGACUUGUAGCGUCCUCAGCACCCGAUUUAUAAUAGAGUCUAUCUGUACUUAAUUCAUCCAAAGACACGAGCAACAGUUGUGACCACAUACAAUCACACACAUGUAUGUACACACACACACACACCCGUUUAUAUACGAAGAAUCUGUUCUGUUGUUUAGAAAUUUAUUUGUAAAAGUUUUAUAAAAUGCUACAAUUUCGACACACACCGAAACUUCUAUGCUCUUUCCAAUGACAAAUUUAGUAAACAAAAAUACUCAACAAAUAAUUUCCUUUUUUUUUAUACGCAACUUGAAAUACUUGAAAAAAA